GCGGGCGCGCGCCACCUGGCGCGGCGGGGCCCGCUGCGCAGCCGCGGCGCCAGCGUUGCCGUCGGCCGCGGCGUUGCCGAGGCGGCCCCGCUCAGCCACCCCGAGGCGCCGCGUCUCCGCCGGCGUCUUGUGGGCGGCUACCCAGCGGGCCCGGAGCCGCCCGCUCCGCGCGGCACAUGCAAGCUGCUGCCACAGGUCGGCGUGCUCCCAGUCCCGCGGAUCUGCGCUGGCCUCGAGCUGCGCGCACGCCCGCGCGACAUACUGGCUGUCCGAGGCGAGGUCAAUUGGGCCGCCGACCACACGAACCGCCGCCACCGCGGCCGUGACCUCGGCCCGCUGCGCGGCUUGCAGCCCGUCGACCAGGCCGGCGAGGUUCGGGGCUGCCAGCCGCCACAUCCCGCACAUACAUGCACAAACCAGGAGAGACAAUGAACUCACCAAACUGGAUGCAGCGCCCCGAAAGUGACAUGUAGUGUCCGAAAUAGCUGCAAUAUCUGCCGGCACCCUCUCAAAGAACUCGCUGCCCUUGAGGAUCUCUGGAGCGAUGUUGGAAUCGCCUCCUGCAAGAUAGCUGCCUGAAAACGGGGAGAUAGCACUGCCGAUGCCAGCGAGGAUGGACCUGUUGCGAGCAGAGAGACCCUCGCUGACACGCAAGUAGCAGCUGGAGAUUAGGGUUGGACUCCCAGCAGGAAUGUGAACGAUGCCUGCUGCUCUGUCAUCAAUACUGUAUGACCAGAUUCUGGAGCGUGGAAACCAGAGAAACUCCGUUCUAAAUUUGUUUUUCCUCCGCUGGCUCCCCCACCUUCCCUUCAGUAGCUGGACAGAACAACUAUUCCACCCAUGAGACUCACGCCAUCUCGAGGCUUCGUCACACUGCACCUUAAUAGAUCGUCGGUGUUCCUGCAGUAACACUACAUGCAAGCUCGUGGCUUCCAACACAGAGAGAGCCGAAGACCAAGCAGUCACGUUGACAGUCUCGAAAGAGAGGGGAGCACUAGCCUCUGGGGGGCUGGCUGGGAGGGGGGGCAAACGAGUUGACUGAGUUAGGAGGAGCUUUACAUUGGCCAGGGGGCCACUUAAAUCGAUGCUUGACCUGGGGGGGAUAUUGAAACCCAGCCCCUGCCACCUUGCAACCUCCGGCGGGCGGCUGCGAGCGAUCACUCGGUGACACGGGGCACCUUGUUUUGCUGAUCUCCCACACGGUCCUGGAAUCGCUCCUUAGCUGAGAGCUGCGUGCCUUUGCCUUUGCUGCUCGCGCAGCUUUUGGCAGGAGGCGCAGGGUCAGUGCCCGAUGGGGGCGGCAUCGGAGGAAGGUGCAAAACCUUUCUCAGAAAGCUCCUCGGGCUUCGUAUCCUUUCGCAUCCUGACCGCCCGUGCCGUGGGCGUUGGAGUCGUUGUCCUUGCGCUUCUUGGCCAUGCGCGGGACAUGCACAGCGUGGGACCUCUGCAACUCAUCUGCCUGCUUGAUGAUGUCCCCGAAGAGGGUCGUGACCAGAUCCGCGACCCCGUUGUUGAGGUCCUGGCAGCGCUGCUCGAGUUGGGCGAGGUCCUCGGCGGCAAGCCCGCAGUCGUCAGCAGCGCGAGCGUCGAACAGCGCGGUUGACCACACCACCUCGAGCAGCGGAGUCGAGCCUGUGACCGGGUCACGCAAGCUGAUGGAGAGGACCUGCUGCUGCUGCUGCUGUUGCUGCUGCGGGUCGGAGAAGGGGCCAGUCUGCUUGUGAAGGUCGGCGACCUGCCUCUUGUGGUUGGCCUCCUCCGUCUCGAGCUGGGUGUGAAUGUCUUGGAGAUUGGCGCUGUUGCACUCGAUCCACGCCUGACACUUCUCCAGCUGGUCCAGUUCAUUGCAAAGAUGGCGCUCCAGUUGAAGACACUUGUUGUGGGCGGCGGACAGCUGCUGCUCGAAAGGUGGCGUUCGCACUUGACUGCGGCAGACGAAGAUUGAACUUUGCCCUGUACAGCUCGAAGGAUGUCGGGAUCGCCCACCAACUUAGCUCUCUCCUCAAGCUGAAGCGACGCGCUUGAAGACUGGGCGCCACGGACUGCUUGUGAACUGCCUUGGGCGGAAAAAGCAUCUUUCGGUGCCGCACCACUGGACCGCGGUACACGGCAAUGUUUUCAGAACCGCCAUGCGCCGAGAUUGCGGGCGCAACCGCACUUGUCGCGUGUCCGCUUGGCAUGCCACACCCCUUCGUUGCGAGCCCACUGCCGGAGAGGCCCGCCAGCAGGAUCCGACGCCAUCCAGGGGCGGCGCCCUGCCAUCGCAAGCCACUGGGCUCGCCGACGCGAGCCGUUCCGAAGAGUACUUGUCGGUAGCCGAGGCCAAAAGUGCCUGCGCCAGAACGGCUUCAG